UGGACACUGAUGAAGUUCAGGAUACAAAGCAAAGUGGAUGUUUGGGAGCAAAUACUUCCGUGGUUGGAAAUUUUUAUACGCGCGAAGACACAAUCUGGACUUUUGACUUUAUAUAGAAGUUAAUCUCGUUUUGGCAAUCGCGUAUUUUGCGCGACCACACCAUUACGCAGGAGAAUAAAAAACUUAGACAUAACUGCAGAUCUCCACACAUCGCCUCCGGGAUGUUUAGAUGAGACCAGUGACUCCAAAAGAUCCUUCAGGCUCUAAGAUGCCAGUAAUGACCCUGCCUGGUUAAGGAGCCUCACCUCCCUCUGCUGUGUCCAGUGCUGUGGCGCCCUCUGCUGUGUGACCGAGGAAGGCCAGGAAGAGCAGUAUGGGGAACAUACUAGAGGAGGGGAUGAACGCUGUCAUCGUCAACCACUACAACCACUCAGGGAAGUGGGACCGGCCUCGCAGCGGCGGGGCCUGUAAGAUGGCCGUGCUGCUCUUCAUCUGCGUGCUGAUUGUCCUGGAGAACGUGACGGUCCUGCUCGCUCUGUGGAGGAACAAGCGCUUCCACAGCCGCAUGUACUUCCUCAUAGGAAACCUGGCACUGUCAGACCUACUGGCUGGUGUGGCCUAUGUGGUCAACAUCUUUACCUCAGGACGCAACACCUUCUUCCUGACACCAGUGCAGUGGCUGGCCAGAGAAGGGAGCAUGUUCGUGGCCCUCAGCGCGUCCACGUUUAGCCUUCUGGCCAUUGGGAUUGAGAGGCACAUGACUAUGGUGCGUCUGCGUCCGUGUGAGACAGCAGGCCGGGGGAGACUUCUGGGACUGCUGGCUGCCUGCUGGCUUGUGUCAGUGCUGCUUAGUGCUCUGCCCAGCCUAGGCUGGAACUGCCUGGACAAUCUGGCCUCUUGCUCCACAGUGCUUCCGCUCUAUGCCAAGAGUUAUGUGGCCUUCUGCAUCAGUGUGUUCAGCGCCCUGUUGGUGGCCAUCAUCAUCCUCUAUAUCAGGAUCUACCGCCUGGUGACGUCUAGCGGCCGCAGGGUGAGCAGCCGGCCUUCAGAGCGCUCACUGGCCCUGCUGCGGACAGUGGUUAUUGUUCUUGGAGUGUUUGUCAUGUGCUGGACCCCCCUCUUCCUCCUGCUGCUGCUGGACGUUGGUUGUAGCCCAGAUAAUUGCCCUGUGCUCUACCAGGUGGACUGGUUUAUAGCCCUGGCUGUGCUCAACUCUGCCCUCAACCCUCUGAUAUACACACUGUCCAGCAGGGAGAUGAGGGCAGCUUUCUUCAGGCUGCUGUGCUGCUGUCAGACCAGCAUGGAGCACACAGGGACUCCAGUGGUGGGCAACCCACACCUGGGCACAGUCAUCCCCACAGGGGAGAAUAGCAAGACCAGUGGAGGAGGGGGCAGCGGGGCUUGCAAGACCACGCUAAACAGAGGGAAGGUUCCCACACCUAUGAACUCUGAAAACAAGCAUGGAGAUCCCUCAGCCACUCCUCUUCCCCAUCCCUCUGGGCCUGCAGACCUGCUCUCAGCUGUGCUAGUGAAGGCGGGGGCGCUGCCGCCCCUCAGCAAGUUCUGAGUGGAAGCACCUUAAUGAGGCCUCACAGACACAAAGACGUAGACAUAGAACUGACAUAAUCCUGCUAUCAGCCACUUUUUCUUCAUGCACUAAGGCCCAUGUAGCAGUGAAUAGGAUGAAGGAAUGAUAUUCAGUUGGAACCACAUGAAUGCAGAUUAGAGUACAAUCAGAAUCAUUUAAAGCCACUAUUUACAACAACUCAAUAUUAUUCACAACACUAGAGUGACUGAUAAGUGUUUGUCUUACACAAUAAUUUAUGUUCAGUGUUUCCAUUUCAAAACUAUGAAAUAUAACAGGAUUAUUUCAGGGACGUGGAUUACACCAAGCCCCAAAUUAAAUCUUUAUGCUACAGUCGGUAACUUAAAUGAAAAUAACCUUUUGUCAUAUUUGCUGAAAACGUCACAACAAACACACAGAAUUAUAUGAGACAAAAAGUCUGUGAAAAAAAUCAUGUCCCUUCUCCUCCUCCUAUUACCUCUCAUGGCAUUAUCUGGCAUAAUCUACCCCAGUGCACUGAAGACAACCAUUCAGAGAUGAUGAGUCUAAUGCAGCUGUCAGUCAUGUCUAUCACAGCUCAUGUGCAGCCAAACUGUCAAACUAGGCGGCGUUGAUCAAAUACAAAUCAGGAUUCUGUUACUGCGUUACCUAGUGCAGUGGUUCCCACCUGGUCCAGCCGCAAGGUCCAGAUUUUGUCUGCACAGUUUAAUACAUUCACCGUCAUACUGGCCAUGUCAUCAAGCUAGUUUGCUGUCUCUGUCAAGUGGCU